AUUUUCUUCCUGUGUAGCAGCCGAUCCAACAAUUUACAGUUGCACUAUAGCGUGAUAAACAAGUACGUUUUCUAAACACGAAAACGAAUUUGACAAUGUGUGACGCCAACUGCAGUUUUGACAAAAGCAGCUGUUUAACACUUACGCUGCAAGUACAGCUGUUGGAAUAUGAAACGGAAUUAUAAUUCCAUGAUUACAGUGUUGCCAGUGAUUGAACUCAAAAUAAAAACGAAGCAUCCAGUGUAUUGAUCACCAGCUGCAUACUUAUAUAACUGUUAAAGCCGACACAGGGUAUAGUGCCUUGAGAGUCCUGCAUACACCAGCAGUCCAUACAUUGUCGUAGCUAUGGCAGGAGGAGUGAAACGGAAUGUUACAGUUCAUUGGUUUCGGCAUGGCUUGCGAUUACAUGACAACCCAGCCUUGCACGAAGCAUUGAAAGAAAGUGAAGAAUUUUAUGCAGUAUUCAUCUUCGAUGGAGAAAGCGCAGGCACAAAAAAUGUAGGUUUCAACAGAAUGAGGUUUCUGAUCGAAUCCCUCAAAGAUAUUGACAGGCAGCUUAGAGCAGUUGGUGGACGAUUGUAUGUCUUUCACAACAACCCAGUCUCUGUGUUUAAAGGCUUGCAAGAAGAGCUAGGUCUUUAUAAACUUUGUUUUGAACAGGACUGUGAACCAAUUUGGCGUCCCCGAGAUAACGCUGUUAAAACGUUUUGUGAAGAGCAUGGAAUAAUUUGUGUUGAAAAAGUCUCUCACACACUUUGGGAUCCUAAUGUUGUUAUUAAAACAAAUGGAGGUACGCCCCCAUUAACAUACCAGAUGUUCUUGCAUACAGUUGGUGUUAUUGGCCCACCUCCACGACCCGUGGACGAUAUAGACUGGACAGGUGUUACAUUUGGAAAGCUCUCUGAUUACCUUUCUACAGAAUUGAAGGUUGUCGACAGUGUUCUAACACCUGAGAAAUUUGGUGUGUUUCCUGAAAUGGGCAGUGGGGAACAAAUGAUCCGUUGGAUUGGUGGAGAGACACGAGCUCUGGAACACUUGAAAGAACGCCUGUCUCUAGAGGAGGCAGCAUUCCGAGAUGGUUACUAUCUUCCGAAUCAGUCGAAACCUGACCUCCUGGGGCCACCAACCAGUCAAAGUGCAGCACUUCGCUUUGGAUGCCUCUCUGUUCGCAAGUUUUAUUGGAGCAUUCAUGACUUGUUCCACUCUGUUUACAAUGGCAAUCUUCCUUUGAACCAAAAGAUCACUGGCCAGUUAAUAUGGAGAGAGUAUUUUUACACAAUGUCAGUCAAUAAUGAGUUUUAUGGUGAAAUGGCAAACAAUCCAAUAUGCCUGAACAUUCCAUGGAAAGAUGGAUCUGAGAAGGGACAUCUAGAGAGAUGGCAAGAAGGGAAAACUGGAUAUCCUUUCAUUGAUGCUGCUAUGCGACAGCUAAAGCUGGAAGGUUGGAUUCACCAUGUGGCUCGUAAUGCUGUGGCCUGUUUUCUUACACGUGGAGAUCUGUGGAUCAGUUGGGAGGCAGGCUUGCAACACUUUUUGAAGUACUUGUUGGAUGCUGACUGGUCAGUGUGUGCAGGCAACUGGAUGUGGGUGUCCAGUUCUGCUUUUGAACAACUUCUUGAUUGUUCACAUUGUGUUUGCCCAGUUAACUAUGGCAGGCGGCUCGAUCCUUGGGGGGAGUAUAUAAAGCGUUACAUACCUGAACUACAAAACUAUCCGAUAGAAUAUUUAUAUGAGCCGUGGAAAGCACCACUUGAGGUGCAAGAACGAGCUGGCUGUGUUAUUGGAAAGGACUACCCAGAGAGGAUUGUGGAUCAUCAAGAUGCUUCCAGAAAGAAUAAACAAUACAUGCAGCAAGUCCGAGACAUGCUGAUGAAAGCUCCUCCACAUUGUUGCCCAUCUAAUGAGGAGGAGACCAGGCAGUUCAUGUGGUUGCCAGAAAGCUGCAUGGAACAUGUACUGCAUGCUUAGUAAACUUUUACUGUAAGGAAAUGUUAAUUAAAAAUCUCCUUAGCAUCUUAAAGUACCAUUGUUCCUCAGCAGAAUUUCCUUUGUAUGUGAAUGUAGAAAUAACUUCAGAACCAAGUGGUCAUUGCUGUAAGUUAAAUUAAGUAAAGAUGCACAUUAUCUGUUCUGUCCAGUAUGAACACAUCCUUUUGUCAUUGACAGUUGAAUGCAGAGUUGUUACUGUUUAUUCAAAGGUUUUUUUUUUGUAAUGAUUCCACAGUUUUGUCAAUAUAUAAUCAGUGGUAUUAAAUAAUUUAUAAGAUUCGCAAAAACAAGAAGGCGUAAAAAAAGUAGAAAUACUGGUCAGUGAGAGAUAACUGGGCUGAAUCAUACUGUGUACUUAUUUUCUUGUUUUGAGUUGAAUUGUUACACCAAAGUUGCUUGAAAGCUAUGAUCUAGGGGAUGUCCUUGGAAAGUAGCCUUUUGUCUGGAGGAGGAUUUAAUAUAUUAUUACUAAAUGAUGUUUUUGGUCUGUAAGCCAGCUUCACAUUUAGUGGACAGCUGUAUAUACCUUCAUUAUUAACUAACACUAAGGGUCAUUUAAUAAUUGAAGAAUAUUUCAUCAUAUAAAUGUAUUAACACAGCAAAAACAGGCUAAGCACAACUUUAUGUACUUUUCUGUGCCACUCCAUAUAAACACCCUGAACAUUCACACUUUUGCCAACACCAUCUAAGCAAUACCUUCAGAUAAUACGCACUUGCUUGGUCAUUCAAAGUACAAAAAUUGGUAGACAUGGAUCUGUUCUUAGAAAUUCACACACAAAUCUGUACGUGCUGAACAAUGAUUAUGUGCAUUAUUCAUGAAGUCGUUUAUUCUUUUACUGCUGCAGUUCACCUUUUCCUUGUCAGUCCAAAAUGACAGUUGAGAAUACCAUUUCUGCUUAUCAUUGACAUCUAUUCACCCGAUUUUAAUCAAGCACUAAUUUCUGACAUAAAACACUUUUGUAACACCUUCACCAUAGACAGUAACAAGUCUGCAGUAUUGUGAAAUACAAUAUCAAGUCUGCUGCACAUGCUAGUGCAUCUAACAUUUUCCAGCUGCAUAAAAGCCAAUCACAAGUAACAUUUCACAGUGGAUGAUGCACUUAGCUUUACUGAGAUUUUUGCCAAGCUAUAUUUACUAUAGGAACAGACCCAUUGAAUGAAUAGCACUACACAUGGUUCUACACUUAACUUAGCAUGAAAAACAAAGGAACGGUAAAAACUUAACUGGAGCUCAAGGUCUGUGAUGAAAUAGGAGCUCAAGGUCUGUGAUGAAAUACUCCUUACUUUUUGUAUUACUUUCAUAUACUUACAAGAAAUACAAACAAUAUCUCUUGUUUCUCCUCAUACAGGAUUUUGUGUGUCUUACUGUUUCCUCUCUUACUUGUAUCAUUCUUGCAUGUAUUUCUCUCUCAGUUGCCUUUUUUUGUAGCUCCUUUAAAAGAAAAUCAUAGCUAAAAACUCAAAAUUUGAUAUUUACAGCAGGAUUCAUGUAAUCUCUCAUGGUUUUUUCCUUGUGGAUGACAUUUAUUAAAUAUUAUCCCAUUUAUAUAUGUAAGGCAAGUUCUGACAGAAUGUAAAUAAUUUAGGAGUGAAGGUUAGCUGAAGUAUUGAGUCAUUGAUAAAGAUGCGGAAAAGAGAACAAAAACUUUGCCAGUUAUUGGAGGAAACCCUUUGACGAGCUGGAGUUCAUGCCCACACGUGCAUCCAACCCCCCGUCCCCCUCCUGCCCACAAACAAACACACACACACACACACACACACACACACACACACACACACCUGUGGAGACAAUGUGGUUAAAUAGAUAGGCAUGUGUGUGUGUGUGUGUGUGUGUGUGUGUGUGUGUGUGUGUUUCCACUCGAGCUCAUACUCCUAAAUUAUUUACAUUGUUAUCCCAUUUAUGUAAACAAUAUUGGGUCAUUAAGUAGUGCAGUACAUCAAAGCGUAUAAAUAUGUAUACUGAUAUUAAUCAUCAUGACAUUUAGAAUAUCAGUUCAUAAAAAAGGUAGAAGUCAUAAAUGAUAAUAGUAAAUGUUACAGACAUAGUUACAUGGAUUUGUAGAAAAAUGUUUCAGUUACUAAUGUAGUACAUUAUUGGACACCAUCUAUUAGAUAGGGGUAAAAACUCAAAUACUCUACAUGUCUAUCAGGUGUGUUUCCACGUAUUUUGUUAAUAAUGUAAUCACUGCUCCUUGUAUGUUUAGAUGUCAUUAUGUUCUUAUGUUCUUAGUUGAUGUGCUUAACUUAGUCACAAUGAAAGUAGUAGUUAUAAAAAUGUCUAAGAAAGAGACAUAGAGCAGUUAAAACUAGAAACCAAAUAGUUCACUGGAUUUCUAUGGAGUACUGUCAAUUAAAAUAAACUGUUUUCAUGAUGUUAUGCUGCUUAAUUAUAUGGAAAUUGUUGGUAACAAAGAUUGAGUGUGUUAUGUGGUGGUUAAUAUGCUGCAUACACAUCACUGUUGUUAAAAGCUAAAGAAACAACUUAAUGCAGUUCUCCAUAUCUUCACAUAAUGUUCACAUGAGCUGAUGGUAUAAGUAGUCUUCAUGUAUAUAGCAAAGACUAAAAAUAUUUAGCAGAUGAAAAAGAAGAGCAUUUGAAUGGAGAUUAUGUAAACACCAAAAUAUAUUGUAGGAUUCUCUACAGUUAGUUUGUCUUUUGCUGUGUAGAUUGUGAGGCAGAGAUCUCUUGAUGUCUUCUUUCACAGAAAAACACAGUAUGCUGUUUUUGUUAGUUCAUUUCAAGACAAAUUGCAAAAUCAGUGUUUGGUUUUUAUUUGCUGUAGAGCAAUAGGUAAACAUCCAAUUUAAAAAUGAUCUGUGAAUAAUGUGAAUGAAGCUGAAGUGGUCUGUUACAGUUGAGAAGGGAAAGAAUGAUAAAUUUGAAAAAUAGAAAAAUGUGUAAAGUGUUCUUACUGUGCCACUACCUCUUGUUCUGUUAAAGAGUCCCUCUUUACUGGUCACAACUUCAGCUCCCUACUGACUAGUGACCUGUCUUUUUUUUGUGCAUAAUUUCACAGUCUAAAGAAACUGUCCUGGUAUAUCCUAAAAAAAGCCAUAACAUGGGACCAAAUCACUUCUGUAUGAAUCAAAAAUGUAUCUGAGAAUUUUUAGUGAAAUUACAUUAUUCAUUUUACAACUAUCUGUUGAAGGCUCUUGGCAUUUCCAAUUAUCUCAAAUGACAGAGAAGCAGAUUGGACUGACAAGCCACUAAGUUGUCCUUGAAAAUGAGGAUUUAGUGGGCACAUGUGAAAAUUGUGAUUGGAAACAAUGAUAACUUUUUUAAAAAGUUAGAAAGGAGACGUAACAAACAAAAAUUUGCAAAAAAUAUCACAUAAAUGAAUACAGUUUUCUGUUUGGUACUUGAUGACACAUUAUUAUUUGUAUCUUCCCUGUUCCCACAUAUACUUCCAGAGAAGUGGCUUAAAAUGCUGAGAUUAAUCAAGCACUUUCUGUUGUUGCUGUCAGCUGUGUUACAUUUGAUUACUUGUUAAUUUUGGCUGCUUCAUAUCUGUUUAGUGUGGGUCAUAUUUUAUUUUAUUUAUGUUUAACUAUCAUAAAUUAAUGUAUUAAUAAUAUCUCCCAGCCAGCACUCUUUUUCUCCACAGUAAUGGCAGUUGAGUACUCCACCAUCAAUAAAAUAAUUCAGAAAUACAGCAGUGAACUGUUUUUGUUCUGUUGACUCUUGCAUUGAUGAUGAAGUCAUUUUUCUUCUUUUCUUUCCAAAUGGUAUUUGAACGUCCUGAGCAGAAUACAAAUUAUGGAAGGAGUAAAGGCAACUAUUCACCAUAUAGCUGAGAUAUUCAGCAGUUUUCAGGCACAGUAAUGAAAACAUUACUGAGUUUUUGAAUAGUGUUCAUAUUCAGAGCUAAUAUAAACAUGCACAUGCAUGGCUACAUUGUCCUGACAAUUGGAUAUCUGUUUAAUAGUAUUUAAUCAUCAAAUAAUUGUGUGUCAUCCCCUGAUCUAUCCACCUUUCUCCUGCUCAUUAUUUCUCUCAUCUUUCCAUGCACAACAGUCCUAAAUCGUACAUGAAAUAUUCUCAUUCUACGGAACUAUCGUACAGCCCAUUGUAUAAUUUCUGUUUAUGUUGCCAUUGCUCACCCUUUCAAACCUUUUACAGCCUUUUCAUGUAUUUAUUUUUCUAUUCCCCAUGUUUAUUUAAUUGCUUUUCCUUUUAGCAUGUUCUUUCCAGUUUAAUCUGGAGUGUUCCUCUAUUGUGUUCACACCCAUAUCAUUUCUUUUCUUCUCUCCUUAUAGAUACAUUCCAUUUUUAAUGAAUCUCUACUCCAUAUGUCAGUGUUAACUCAGAAAAGCAUCCAUAUCCCUAAUCAAGUCCUAACCCCACAGCCUGUUCCUGAUAUGCUGUCAAAUUCCUCCACAAGAUACUCUUGAUGUGCAAUCUCAGUUACUUAAGUGCUCUCUCUCUCUCUCUUUCACUCUGUCUGUGUGUGUGUGUGUGUGUGUGUGUGUGAGGGUGCACUUGCAUGACCGACGAAAUGAGGGGGUGCAGUGGUUAGCACAAUGGAGUCACAUUCAGGAAGAUGAUAGUUCAAAUCUGCAUCUGAACACCCUGAUUUAGGUUUUCCAAGAUUUCCUUAAGUUAUUCCAGGCAAAUGCUGGGAUGAUUCCUUUGAAAGGGCACAGCCACUUUACUCCCUCUUCCUUGAAACAAUCCCAGAUUGUGCUCCUCCCUAAUGACCUUGAUGUCGACAGGAUAUGAAACCCUAAUCUUCCUUGUGUGUGUGUGUGUGUGUGUGUGUGUGUGUGUGUGUGUGUGUGUGUGUGUGUGUGUGUACGGGGGAGGGGGGGGGGGCAAUUUAGUUAAGUCUGAAGAAGGAUAUUAUUUGAAUGCUCAACAAUGUUUUCAACCUGUUUAUGUAUUUUUUAACAGCUCAACACCUCAGCUGUAUGUUGUUUCAUUUGCAAAGAGCUUUGUAACCGUGCUGAAUCUUUUUCUUCACUAAGUUAUGUAUUUAUUAGGAGGAAUCAUAUAAAAUGAACACCAAGCCAAGAUACUUUAGGCCAGGAUGCAAUUGGUAUUAAAAAUAAGCUUUUCAUCCGUUUUCAAGCAACUAUAUCAUCAUGAGAAACAGAAGUGUUAGUUCUGACCUCUUGAAAAAUUAUAGCUUUUGUAAUUACCAAUCCUUUCAUUUAAACUGCUUACUUGUAUGCGAGCUCCCUCCUAACUGCUUCUAGGUGUUUGUUCCCUCUUGCAAAAGUCUGACAAUAACUUAAAAAUAUUCUCUGUGUGUAAGAAAAAGCAGAAAUUAACACUUAAAUUAUUAUUACUGAAAUUAUUGUGGCUAUUGUGGUCUAACAGGUAGAGUACUAGACUCUGGCCCUGAAGAUCCUCGGUUCAGUCCUGGGUAAGGGUGUGGAUUUUUCCUCAUUCCUGACCCUCUGGAUGGUCCCAGGUCCACUCAGUUACUAUCAAAUGAGUACCAGGGAUCCUUCUCAGUGGUAAAAUGCUCCAAUGAUGCUGCAUUUGUCACCUGACCCUUCUUAGUGCCACUGCAAAUAAAGGCUAUACUGUACCUGCAGUCUGUCCAGUAGCACAGUUAUGGGCUUGCGCCACAGACUUCACCUUUAUUAUUGUUAUUAGACCCUAUCAGACCAUGCAUAGCUGUAGGAUUCAAUUGUCUGAGUUCCCUGUCUGCUCCUUUCUUUCUUUCUUUUUUUAUCCAUGCAUUCACUUUUUUUCUUCAGUCCAUUUUAUUCCUAUGUUCUUUGCAGCUUUGUUCUCCAAAUGCACUUCCCAAAUGCCACUUUUUUAUGUAUAAGAAUUUCUAUUUAAAAUCUUGAGGAAUUUAUCUGUGAUCUUUCUACAUCUUUUCUGAUUUGACUCCAGGCUGUAGUUUUCAGUGAUCCCUUGUUUGUUCUGGUUUUGGGGACAAUAUAAGGAAAAGUUAGCUUGCUACUUACUGUAAAUAUGACAUGUUAAGUUGCAGACAAUAACAACAAAAAGACUCUUACACUUAAGCUUUUGGCCAAGAUUUCCUCAGAAAAGGAAACAAACAUGCAAGCAAGCACACUUCACGCACACGUGACUGCCAUCUCUGGCAGCUCAGACCACAGUGCCAUUGUUCCUGUUUGCAACUUAAUGUGUCGUCUUUAUGGCAAAUAGCAAUCUGUCUUUAUCUUGUACUGUUGACAUUCCAAACUGGACUUUCUAUUGUUUGAUUAUGAUUUUGUGGGUAAGUCUUGUUACUAGAUGUCUGUAAACGUAUACAUAAAACUUUAAUCUUCCUUUUCAAAUGUCUGCCACAAGGCUGGACAAAUUUUUUGUUUUGUGGGAUUUUACCUGUAGCCGUCUUCCAUUAAGUGGGGGCCAAGAAUAUUUUUCAUGAUUUUGCAGUGUUGUUAUUAUUUUCAAAGAUUUCAUCUAUGACAGUGGCCAUCCCAUAGUAAA